GGGGAGGAGUUAGCGGAGUGAGAGUGGGGUCGUUAUAGAAAAUGUGUCCCUAGUCCCUAGCUAAAGAAGUCAAAUUUCCGCCCUGCUACUGACCUGUACUCAAAAGUGAGCAACGGUGUUUUUAAAAGGGACUCAAUUAGAUUUGAUCGCGACUUUGUAAACGGAACUAUCACAGAAUCAGUCUUUUAUUUACUGUUAGCCGUCUUGGCAUUCUCCACAUAAGAACUGUGAACUGCAAGCGGAUGUUUGGAGCCCUGUAGCCUUCCAACACCAAGGAAGAUGGAUGACAACUUUGCCAGAGGAGGUUUAUUGUCAAUUGUCCUUCGAGCCGUCUUGUUGUCCUCGUCAUUCGCUUCGUUAGAGCCUUACGACCUAUUAUACAACAAUGGAGUCGACGCAUUUUACAGGGGUGACUAUACAAAUGUGGCGCGAUACAUGGAGGGAGCACUAAGCAGCUACGCAGAGGUCCGACAAACUAAAGUCCAAUGUUGGCUGAGGUGUCAGGAACAGCACCCAUUUGAUACUUCUUCAUGGGACUUGCGCUUCUUCGACGUAAUUCUUCGAAGGUCUUCUUGUCUGAACGAAUGCAUUGAAGACAAAAUAGGGACGCAGUCAAUGCACAGAGUCAGCGAGGAUGUCAUUCAGGAUUUUCACAGACGUAUCCCCUACAAUUAUCUCCAGCUGGCUUAUCAAAAGUUGAAGCAGGUGGACCAGGCGGCAGGAGCAGCCCACACGUAUUUCCAGGCCAACCCUGAGCACGUAGAGAUGGGUCAGAACCUGGAGCAGUACAAGGACAUGGAGGGGGUGCAGGAGGACCACUUUGUGGAUCGUGAGGCACGGCCACAUCAGGGGGCAUUCUCAGCAGCGGUGAAAUUGUAUGACCAAGGGGACUACAAGGGGGCUAUCCUGUUGUUUGAGGAGGCUCUCCUGGAGUACUACAAGGCAGAUGUGGAGUGCCGUGCCCUCUGCCAGGGACCGCAGCGGUUCGAGGAGCAUGACCACGUCCUUUACCGCUACAGCCUCCAUGAGCUCAUCUCAGACCACUUCACCCAGGUCGUCCACUGUGAACAUGAGUGUGUGAGAGACCUAGCUACUCGGCCAGGCCGGCUCUCUCCAAUGGAGAACUACCUUCCUCUGCACUACGACUACCUACAGUUUGCCUACUUUCAGGUGGGCAGAGUGGAGCACGCUCUAAAGUGUGCCCUGUCCUACCUGCUCUUUCACGAGGGUGAGGAGUUCAUGGCGGAGAAUGUGGAGUACUACAGGGAGGUUCUGGGCUUUGACACUAAGCCCGACAAGAAGGCUGUGUGGUAUGUGACGCGCCAUAAGCAGGAACUGGAGCUGCUUCUGAUUGGCAGUGAUAACAUGGGGGUGGAGUUCACUGAAGGGAAUUACUGGGGCGGCACAGGCGGGAGAGAGGACUCUAACAGGAUUCCUUCAGGUACGGAUGGUGGGAUGGAGUAUGUGCCUAUCUCAGAGAAGAAGAACAACUCUGUGGCUCCAACGCAGGCGCUCCGAGAAGGUGGUCCCCUGGUCUACGACGGUGUACAGCUGGUCCACAACUCUGCAGCGCUCAAUGGAACACAGCGGGUUCUCCUGGAUGACGUCAUCUCAAUGGACGAGUGCUCAGAGCUAAAAAAUCUCGCUCAUACUGUCACCAUGGCAGGAGAUGGCUAUCGAGGCAAAAUGUCUCCUCACACACCCAAUGAGAGGUUUGAGGGGGCAACAGUACUUAAAACCUUACAAUAUGGCUAUGAGGGCCGUGUGCCGCUCCGAAGUGCCCGUCUCUUUUACGAUGUUAGCGAGAGGACCCGGCGUGUCAUUGAGUCUUACUUCAUGCUCAACUCCACCCUGCACUUCUCAUACACACACCUAGUGUGUCGGACAGCUAUCACAGGUCAGCAGGAUCACAGAAAUGACCUGAGCCACCCUAUCCAUGCUGAUAACUGUCUGCUAGACCCAGAGGCUAACGAGUGCUGGAAGGAGCCUCCAGCUUACACAUAUAGAGACUACAGUGCUCUUCUGUACCUAAAUGGGGAUUUCGAAGGCGGGGAGUUCAUUUUUACAGAAAUGGAUGCCAAAACAGUUACGGCAUCAGUGAAGCCGAGGUGUGGCAGAAUGGUGGGCUUCUCCUCAGGGGGGGAGAACCCCCAUGGCGUGCGGGCCGUCACCAGGGGCCAGAGGUGUGCCGUGGCGCUCUGGUUCACCCUGGAUCCCCUCUUCAGAGAACUGGAGCGUCUUCAGGCAGACGAGGUUAUGCAGGCGUUGGACAACCACAACAGCCAGACACACUGGGACCAGGGCCUCAACAUCAACCCCAAGGACGAGCUUUAGGAGCCAACAGGGCCCCCAGUCAAAUUCCUCUAUCAAUCUAUCUAUUUAUUUAAUGACGAUUGUAUCGAAACAAUUCUAUUUUUGUACUAUUUAAAGUGCAAGGUUAUAUUGUUGUUUUUCUUAUUAAUGUUGUGGCUUGUGUGUGUGUGAUCCAGAUUUUUCUGUACAUACCAGUACCUUGGUUGUCUAUCAAAAACUCACCAACUAGAUGUGUGGUUCAGUCAAAGAGUACUUCUCUGGUUACUGGGUUGCAGUCCAGAUCACAACACACAUCAUUCCUAUACGGUUCUUUACUGCACUGUGAACACGCCAAGUAGAGGAACUAUGGUUGUCCUUAAUUCCGGAGCAAGCACAGGCCGUGCUUAUGAUCUACCAGUUUGUGUAUGUUUAUCUCAGUCUAUCUUUAAUCUCUGAGGGAUAGUGGUACUGCAACCAUGCUUCUGACUGUUCAAAUCAUUGCCUUCAAUGUAUGCAGACACACAGGAAGAAAUAUUGGGCAUUUCUAUUGUUCUAGACACUUCACAGAUACAAUAUAUUAUAUAUUCUCUCAGUGGCUGACUCAUACAGUCACACAAAAGAUAUUCUGUUUACAAGUUAACUGACAUGAAAACAUGGUGUGUGUGUUUGUGCGUAAAAAAAUCAACAGCGAUAACAGUUGUUGGCAUUCAAUUUUAGAAACCUUUUUAAUAAAAGAUGUCAUUUAUUCCUGUUUCAAGGAAUACUUAUUCAUAUGGUGGCGUAUAGUUAAACUUUCCUCUAUAUACUACUAAACUGCAGGCUACACAUUCAGGCAGGCACAUGCACUGGUAGUCCAAUGGAAAGAAAGUGCUUUGUGAAAGUGCCUAUCAAUACAAUGUUACAAACUACACACAGUAUGUAACUUAUCAGUUGAAGAUAUAGUGUAGGGUUUAAGCUUACGUUUCACUUUUGAUAGGGACACUUUGUCUUAUUAUUUAAGUAUGAGUUGCUGUAACAAACAAAUGGAUGUACCCUUCUUUUUUUUGUCAUGUGUACCAAUAAAUUAGAGACUAGACUGUCCUUUAUUAGCAAAUUUACUAUU